AUGGCUUAUUUUGGAAAUAAUCCAUAGCGUGGAGAAUUGCAAGAGCUUUAUGCAGAUUUAAAUGACUUGAAUUUUGAAAAGAAGAAAGAAGCUGUAAAGAAAGUGAUAGCUUAUAUGACUGUGGGUAAAGACGUAUCAGAUCUAUUUCAGUCUGUCAUUAAGUGUUUAGAAUUUAAUGACAUAGAGAUGAAGAAACUUAUUUAUCUUUACAUUGUUAACUAUUCCAGAUAAAAACCUGAUGAUGCCAUUAUGGUCAUAUAAAAUUUUAGAAAAGAUGUGAGGAAGUCAGAGAAUCCUUUAGUAAGAGCUCUUGCCAUCAGAACAUUUGGGUGUUUACGCGUACCAAAACUUAAUGAAUAUUUAAUUGAGCCUUUAAAAGAUUGCAUAUAGGAUGAUGAUCCUUAUGUACGUAAGACUGCUGUUUUAUGUGUUCCAAAAGUUUACGAAGUGUCACCUGAAAUAUGUCCUCCUCUUUUGGAAUUGCUGUAGAAAUUAUUGGAGAAGGAGUCAAAUGCAUUGGUCUUGGCUAACUUGAUUUAAUCAAUGAGAGAGAUCGAAGUUGUGAGUGGCAAAUAAAUCAUCAAUUUGAAUUAGAAGAUCAUAUAAAAGUUAUUACUAGCAGUCGAUGAAUGCAUUGAGUGGGGAUAAAUAUUUAUUUUGGAUUAUUUGGCUUCUUACAAUCCAUAGGAUUCAAAAUAAGCCGAAGUAAUCAUAGAGAGAACACUUCCAAGGUUGAGUCACAUAAAUCCAACAGUCACAUUUUGUGCUGUUAAGGUUAUUCUGAAAUAUUUGGAUUUCUUAGACAAUGGGGAUCUAGUUAAAAACUUAUGCAAGAAAGUGGCACCAUCUUUGAUUUCUUUGUUGUCUUGGAAUCAACCAGAAGUAUAGUACACAAUCCUCAGAAAUAUCUCUUUGAUUUUGCAGAAGUUCCCAAUCUUAUUUGAAAAUGAAGUAAAAGUGUUUUUCUGCUCUUUUAAUGAACCCUACUAUAUUAAAUAUGAGAAACUAGAUAUUAUGGUUAGAAUUUGUGAUUCCAAAAACUUUGGUCAAGUUCUUAAUGAACUUCUCAUUUACUUAAAUGAAGCCGAUCCUCAUUUUGUCAGAAAGGCUAUAAAAUCAAUCGGAAAAAUUGCUAUCACUUAUGACAAAGCCUUAGAUAAAGCAGUAUCCAUUUUAGUUGAAUUCGCUAAAAAUGUCCAAUAACCUACUGAACCAGUCUAAGAGUUGCUUAUUUAAAUGCAGCUUAUUUAUAAGAAAAACAAAUCAAUGUAUAAACAUGAAGAUAGUCUAAAAUUCAUAUAUUCUAUUAUUGAAUAUGCAAAUGAACCAGAAUCAAAAAGUGCAUGUGCAUGGAUUUUAGGAGAAUUUGGUGAAUAUAUUCCAAAAUCAGCUGAAAAAAUGAAAGAAUAUAUUGACAAUUUCUAAAUGGAAGAUAGGUUAGUUCAACUUUAAUUACUAACCUCCGCAGUCUAAUUAUAUCUCAAAUAUCCAUCAUAGUGUUCCAUUCUAAUCUAAUAAUUAAUCACUUCUGCGAAAGACUCAUUCAACCCUGAUGUUAGAGAUAGAACCUAUAUUUAUUGGAGAUUAUUGUCAACAGAUCCAGAAAUUGUUAAGACCUUAGUUUGCUUUAACAGUGGAGCCGUCUAGAAUUUCUCAAAGGACUUACGCUUAUGGGAAACUUAAGAUUUAGUUUUAGCUUUGGAAAAUAUGGGGAGCAUCAGCAAUCUAUUUCACAAACUACCCCAUUAAUUAUACAAAAACAUCAAGAUUAAAAUUAAUAAUUAACAAGAUAUUAAGAUUUACAAAGGAGAAGAAAAAUAAGAGAAACAAGAGAACUAAGCUUAAGUCUAAUAAAGUGAAAAUCAGUAAAAUAACAAAUAAGAAUAAUAAUAACAAUAACAAGAUAUUGAUCUUUUAAGUUUUGAUGAUCCUCCUGUUAAUAAUAUUAAUAAUAACAGCAACAAGGCAAAUUUAUUUGAGCUUAUUUGA